AUGUCUCGCCCAGAAUCUCGCUAUUCCUUUGACGUCCCAAACCCUUGCAUCAACUUUGCGACUCUGAGCGACGAUGACAUGCACAACGCAGACUCCUGGUUCGACCAAAAAGCCAAUCUGGAGAAUGUUCCUCCUGCAGAAAAUCUGCCCAAAGUUUUGCAGAACAGCCCUGCUUUUUCCAAGCCUGAUAUUAUUCUGUCUUCUGUCACAACGCAAGAAAUAACACAGAGUGAAGGCCAUGGGGAAGAUGAUGGCCAAGCAGAUUGUGCACAGGCCACUGCGGUUCCUCAGAACAUUGUUGGAUCCCUGACGAGCUGGAGAGCUGCUGCUCCUGCAGAGGCUGCUCAGAGAGCGGGUCGAAGACAGGCUACCACGCAGAGAAAAACACAGCGCAAACAGCCAGCGAGAAUCAAAGCGGAGACAAAUGCUAAUAAGGAAGAGGUUCCACCCCCGAAAAGAAUGAGAAUCCAUAGGGUGCCAGGAAAAACUAGACGAUCUAUUCCAGGGUCUGUGGUGAGUUCUAGCAGCAGAGAGAAGCUGGCAGAAGUAUCCACAAAGAGAGAGCCCCUGCAGAACCCCGAGCUCUCCCCGGGAAGAGGGAAAAGCAAGCUGACCAUACCUUCCACGCCAACGAUGCUGAAGAGGCCCCAUCUGUCUGGCAAGCUGAAGAGUACAGAGGAGCAGGAGCUGGAGAAGAUGCAGCAGUUGCAGCGGGAGGUUAUGGAGCUGCGGAAGAAGAACGAGGAGUCUCUGAAAGCGGCUAUUGCUGGAGCAGGCCAACCCGUGAAGAGACCUGUUGGUCAAGUGACAAAGCCGAUUGACUUCCACUUCUGCACGGAGAACAGGAUUAAACAACAUGUGGAAAGCCAGCCUGGGAACGAGUACAAGGAACUGGAUUUUGCAGCCGUACUGAGGAAGCAUCCUCCUUCUCCGGUGCGAGCGCCCAAGGGACCCACUGUCCCCAAACCUUUCAACCUGUCCCAAGGAAAUAAAAGAAAACUUGAAGAAACCGUGUCAGAAUAUGUGUCCCUUGCUGAGCAGGUAGAAGCAUUCCAAAAACGCACACCCUCUCGUUACCACCUGAGGAGCAGGAAAGCUGAGGAAGACCCAAUUCCAGGAAAGUUGGUGAAGGCUAAACCUACAAACCCUAAAACGCCAGUGCUUCUAACAAAGCAGCGCUUCAGACCUGUCACCUGCAAAACUACAGCAGAGUUAGAAGCAGAGGAGUUAGAGAAAAUUCAGCAGUACAAAUUCAAAGCACGAGAACUCGAUCACAAAAUCUUUGAGGGUGGACCACUCCUGCCCAAGAAACCUGCUGUGAAGGAGCUCACGCAACCCAUUGGCUUCGAGUUGGAAAUAGAAAAAAGGAUUCAGGAACGUGAGAGUAAGAAGCAGCAGGAGGAAGAGCACUUUGAGUUCCAUUCCAGGCCGUGCCCGACAAAAAUCCUGGAGGAUGUUGUGGGUGUUCCAGAGAAGAAAGUGCUUCCUGUUACAGUCCCCAAGUCUCCAGCGUUCACCCUGAAAAGCAGAACUCGAGUCUCAAGCAGAGAUGAAGAAAAGGAAAAAGAGGCAGCCCCUGUGAUCAAAGCUAACCCUGUGCCACAUUAUGGAGUGCCCUUCAAACCGAAAAUGCCAGAACAGAGGCAUGUGGAAGUUUGCCCCUUCUCUUUCGAUGCCCGUGACAGAGAACGGCAAAUACAGAAAGAGAAAAAAAUAGAAGAAUUGCAGAAGGAAGAGGUGCCCAAGUUCAAAGCACUACCUUUGCCUUACUUUGACCACGUCAAGCUGCCGGAAAAGAAGGUCAAAAACCCAACUCAGCCUGAACCCUUCAAUCUGCAGAUUGACGAACGCGGAGCUGCCAAGCUACAGAGCUGGAAACAGCAGCUUGAAGAAGACUUGAAAAGGCAGAAAGAAGCAGCGUGUUUUAAAGCUCGUCCCAACACAGUGGUGUACCAGGAGCCUUUUGUGCCCAAAAAGGAAAAUAAGCUGUUAUCAGAGAGCCUUUCUGGUUCUGUAGUUCCUGAAAGCUUUGAGCUGGCGACUGAGAAAAGAGCUAAAGAGCGGCAAGAGUUUGAAAAGCGAUUGGCAGAUAUAGAAGCCAUAAAGGAGAGGCAGCAAGAGCAGAUCAGGCAGCAACAAGAGGAGCGUGAAAAGGAAGAACUUGCUAAGCUAAGGCAAGAACUGGUUCACAAGGCAAACCCAAUACGCAAAUACCGCAGCGUAGAAGUGAAGCCCAGUGAUCAGCCACUGACCAUGCCCAAGUCUCCCAAUUUCUCGGACAGAUUCCGGUGCUGAGGGCUGCAUCCAGGUGAUAGCAGGAGGGAGAUCCCACCCCUCUCCACUCUCCUGACAGGCAGAGAGGGACCAGCUGUUUUUACGUGACUGCUCAGUCUCGCCUCC